AUGAACAGAAUUCGGAUCCAUGUUUUGCCGUCAAGCCGAGGACGCCUUACUCCUGUGCCACGGCCGCAGGAGCCUCUGUCAUGUGCCUUCACCCACCGCCAAUGCUCCCAGCCACGGCUGGAGGGGCAGGAGUUUUGUAUUAAGCACAUUCUUGAAGACAGGAGUGCCCCUUUCAAGCAGUGCAGCUACGUCUCAACAAAGAAUGGAAAGCGGUGUCCCAAUGCUGCGCCCAAACCAGAGAAGAAGGAUGGUGCGUCAUUCUGUGCGGAGCAUGCCCGGAGGAACACUCUGGCGCUCCAAGCUCAGAUGAAGAAGUCCAACCCUGGGCCUAUAAGCGAGACUCUCCUUUGCCAGCUUAGCUCUUAUGCCAAAACAGAGCUGGGCUCCCAGACUGCAGAGAGCAGCCGCAGCGAAGCCAGUCGGAUCCUAGAUGAGGACAGCUGGAGCGAUGGUGAGCAGGACCCUAUCACAGUGGACCAGACGUGGCGAGGGGACCCGGACAGCGAGGCUGACAGCAUCGAUAGCGACCAGGAGGAUCCCUUGAAGCAUGCUGGUGUAUACACAGCUGAGGAGGUGGCUUUGAUCAUGCGAGAGAAGCUGAUCCGCCUGCAGUCUCUCUACAUUGACCAGUUCAAAAGACUCCAGCACCUUCUGAAGGAGAAGAAGCGCCGAUACCUGCACAGCCGCAAGGGAGAGCAUGAAGCCAUAGGCAACAGCCUUCUGACAGGCCCGGAGGGGCUGAUGGCCAAGGAGCGUGAAAACCUGAAGCGCCUGAAGUGCCUGCGCCGCUACCGGCAGCGCUAUGGUGUAGAGGCCCUGCUCCACCGGCAGCUGAAGGAGCGCAGGAUGCUGGCGACCGAUGGCGCUGCCCAGCAGGCGCACACCACCCGCUCCAGCCAGAGGUGCUUGGCCUUUGUCGACGAUGUCCGAUGUUCCAACCAGUCCCUCCCGAUGACCAGGCACUGCCUUACGCACAUCUGUCAGGACGCUAACCAGACUCUGUUUAAACCGUGUCAAGGCUCUGAGGAAGUGCCCUGCAACAAGCCAGUUCCCGUGAGCCUCUCCGAGGAUCCGUGCUGCCCGCUCCAUCUCCGGUUGCCUCCGCAGAUGUACGUGCCCGAGCAGGUGCUGGCUGUCCCCGAGGAGCUGGAAGCUGCCCCCACGGACCUGUACUUGAGUGCUGCUGAGCUCCAGCCCACGGAGAGCUUGCCCCUGGAGUUCAGCGAUGACUUGGACGUGGUGGGCGAUGGCAUGCAGUGUCCCCCGUCCCCUCUGCUCUUUGAUCCUUCUGUGGCCCUCGAUCAGUCCCUCAGAGAUGUUGCCGAAGCCCCCAUAGACAUUCUGGCCCUGGAGGAGCCUUCCCACCCAGGCCUCCCUCCGCAGACGGCGCUGACGGACAGAGGAACCUCCUCUGCCUAC